UUUCAAUAUAAAAGUUAUGUACUUUGCAGCUGAGUCUGAAAAGAAACGAACGAGAAGUGAAGCGCUGCUUUUGUUUGUGCGGACAGCGGCACGGUUUACCUCAGCAUCAUGCGAGCACGCCCUCCGCGGCGCGGAGGCCUCGUUGGCUCCACGAGUGGCUCAAGGAUGGACGACUUGGAAUUUGCAGCCCUUGUGCACGACCACUUUCGUUUGCAGCGGCGCUUUGGAAGCCUUGCCGCGACCACUCUGCAGACGGCUCGCCCCAGCGACCGCCCAGGCAAGACUCCGAGUCGCAUGAUCUUGCGGCGGGACAAAGAAGAGUCGCCAGGUGUUGGUAGUUUGAAAGGGACAUCAAUCGUCAGUGCGGACCGGCCGGAUUGCUCCCGGGCAUCCUUGGCGAAGCUAACUACGGUCGAGGCCGUUCUGGAGUUAUGGGAAACGGAACCAAGGGGCGAUAGCUACAUGACAUUCUCGAAGAAACGUUUUCAGAGGUACGAGGAGGCCAUGUUGCAGAGAUUAGAAGAACAGGCAGUAAGACCGGAGAGACGACCGGUACAGAGAGACCCAGAGCGGUCCUUGGAGCAGCGACCUCCGUCUAGUCCUGAGUCGAUAAAAGGGAGUUCUGCGAACAAAAAUUUGUCGUCGCUUCUACAAACGGUUCAGCGAGCGACGCGCAUCCUCAAGCUCUUGCGGCUCGGGCAACCAAUUUUGCGUUCGAGCAAACUGUUGGAUCUGGUACUCGAGAUGGUUUGCGAAGCUCUGCGGAUCGAUACUAUCGAAGAGACACGGGAAAGGAACGAGUCAUCAGGAUUCCCUGAGAAUCUUGCAAAUGCAGCUCUUGGCGCAACACGCCCAAGAAUUCCGCGCCCACCCCCGCCAGUUCCGCUCGGUUCUCUACCAGCGGCGAGAAAGGACUUCCGUGUCGUUCUCGAGCAGAUCCUCACUCUGCCUCGUUCCGAUGACCUCGACGUCGCGGAAAAGUUUGUUCCGCUGAUGCAAGCGGUGCAGCGCCGGAUCGAGCAAGAGGCAAAAGGCAAUCGCCUCGGUCUUUUCUCAGCACGCCAGCUAGUGCAGAUCUUGAAGGCACUUUGGUCGGUGCGAUAUAAGAAUGACGAGGGUGAAUUUGCCGAAAAGAUUGUCUUGUGCAAGGGUUUGCUUUUCGAUCCCAAGAAAUUGAAAGAAAUGACACCCGGCGAGCUUGCGGAACUCAUGGAGUACCUCGUUGGUCUAGAGCUCAUUGGAAGUAGCGCAGGGGACCAUUCUUCUGGGAACGCAGUAGCAUUUCUUGCGGAAAGCGUCGACGCUUCUUCACUCAUCCUGCGGAGUUUUGCGGAUCGAAUAAACAGUAGUAGUAGCACGCCGCGUUUUGGUAGCACGAAGACAACUGCAGCUGGUUCUGCGAUUCUCUGGACGGAGACAUUACGUAAUUAUGCCAACUUCCACGCUCUACGCUCACGAUCGCUGUUGAGGCGGAAGAAUAACAUUGGAGCCGUUUCUUCGGCGCCUUUUUGCGCGACGUCGGACAGCGCAAUUUUGGCAGCCGGUUUGCAGCACAUCUCUGACUACUUCAGCGCAGGUGUCCAGCCCGCCUCUUCAGCAGUGCCAGUACGGACAAGAAAAGGCCUGCUGAUGAUGGCACAAAAUAUGUUCCGGUUUGGGCCCGGGGAGUGUGGUGAGUGCAGCUUCAGGCUGUUGCGUGCGCUGCAUACCGUAGUUGACAAAGCAUUCUGCCAGAGUAGCUGUCCAAGUGGGGAACCGAAAAAAUCCGCAUCCGAAGUAAGUCACACAAAGACUCUUGAUGUUUCUGCUACAUUACUCUCUCCCGUUAGCGGAACCACCGCUCAUCUGUUCAUGCCGGAUGCCGGCAGGUGCCGGGUCUCCGGCCCACAGGGCGAUGUGCAUAAGGUCCUCGCAGGGCUACCAGGCAUAGUAUCUGCGCAGCUGGAAGUUCCAAUCGUGAACACGACAUAUGUCGUAGACAUGGUCGCACAGCAGCUGUGAUUUGAACAACUACUUUCGAAUCCAGCAAGGUGACACUGCAACAUUUGUUUUACUUGGUGACGCACUGGUUUCGUAUUGGUCUGUUCCUUGAGCUUGAGUUUCUUUCCAAAAGUGGUAGUGAGAUCUCAAGAUGAACACGAAGCGCAUGUAUCAUCAAAAGAUUUAUCAUUGCAGACAGGGAUAGUGAGUUUGUCUUUGUGACUUGUUCUGAAAUCA